GUUAAAAUAUGGUUUCAAAAUCGCCGAACCAAAUGGAAAAGGCAAGAUAAUGUUACUAACUCUGAGGCAGCUGAGGUUAAAUCCGCCAAUUCGGGUAAAACAACGACAACAGCCACAACAAAUAGUAGUACAUCAUCGAUGACGACCUCAUCGGUAACAGCAACACCGGCGGUGGCUACAACAACAUCAUCCUCUACAGCACCAAUAUCAUCCCCAACAACAAUGGAGAGUAACAACAUUACAACAAAUGGCAAAUCAGUCGCAGCAUCAUCAUCAAAUGGACCAUUGAUGACCGCAAACACUGAUGCGAUUUUAACAACAACGACAUCAUCAUCGUCCUCAUCCUCCACCGCCUUGGCUACAACAAAGAAAAAUGCUCACAUCAAUGGCACAAGAAAUAGCUGCAAUAGCGGUGGUGAGCCAGCAGCAGCAUCAGCUAAUGCCGAAGGUAAACGCAACAUUGCAAAUGAAUUAAGUGCAAAAUUAACCGCUAAACAAGCGACAAAAAUCAAAAAACAAUUGAAUGCUCUGCUGGAGAAAACCUCAAAAAGUGCUACAGGUUCGGCAAAGCAUGAGCAGCAAGCCACUGGCGGCACUACUACUAGUAGUAGUAGUUUACAACAUGCAUUACAAGCUGCUUCAGGUCAGAUUGCAACAACUGGCGUUGGUGCUGCUGCUGCUCCUGGCAAAUUAGCAAAUAAUACAAAUGCAGUAAUGGAUAACAAGAAUGGCCCCAGUCCGGCAUCAGCUAACAAUAAACAAUUGCACAACAGCCAUCACAACCAUCAUCAUCAUCACCACCAGCGUGGCCAUCAUCACCAUCGUCAUCAUGCUGCCAUACCGCACCAUCAUCAUGCUAUUCCAUUAACGGUUGAGCCUGCAGCACCCUUGGAACAGACUGAAAAACUCGAAAUCAAAAUGGAGGAAUCGCCACAACAUCGCGAGUUACAAUUAACAUUGUUACGUGCCGCUGCUGCCGCCCAGCAACAACAACAGCAACAAGGUGGCCAACAAAGUCCACAUUAUGGCGAAAUGGAUUUUGAAAGUAAAUUGGCCGCAUCGAAAAUAUCAAAUGCUUUAGCCGUGGCCAACAAAUUGAAUGGGGUGGAAGGUACAGCGGCGGCUUUAUCCAAAAAGUCUAAAGCCACCAGCAAAAGUGAAAAACUUCAGCAGGCGACAACGUCAUUGAUGAAAGCCGAACACAAGGAAACAAAGGACACCACAGUGACCACAAAACAACUAGGCAAUGUUGUCUCGACUUCUUCGCCGCCACCUCUCACGAAUGGACAAAAUAAAGAUGGGAGUCCUCAACAAUCUAAAAUACCGAGUGAUUUGAUAGAUGAUGCUGAAGAUACAGAAUGUCGAGCAAAAGCCGACAAUGAUGAGGAUGAUAAGGAACAAAUAAAUUCUAAUUUAGAGGCAACUACUUCUGCCGCCAUGAUGGAUAUUGAUGAUAAUUUUAUUGAGAACAAAAAUGGAUUACAUUUAAAAGAGCAGACAACCAAUCGCAUUCGAGAUUCUUCAUCGUCGGCCUGCUCCUCCUCUUCCUCGCCGCAUUCGGCCGCCUCUUCCGUUGUAAAUGAUAAUGCUGAUGAUACUGAAAUGCAAGAAAUUUAA